CAAAUAAAUAAAUACAUUAACAUAAAACCAUACACAGACUGAAUAAUCCACAAUUAAAAUCAAAGAAAAUUAAAAAAAUGCUAAAAAGAAAUCCUGCCUGUGCUCUCCUUUUCUACUCAAAACACUUGUCUUACAUACACCUAUAGUCUAAUAUAUGUGAAGUUUCCAACCUCUGGACCCUAUUCUGACUGGAAGCAGUUUUAUUUAUCAAAACCUGGGCCAAAUUUUCAAUUGCUAGCUUCACCUUUAGUUCUCUAAGGUGAAAUUAAUCCUGGGAAGUAUCUUCUUAUCAAAUUGUCUGAAAACAGGGUGAAGGACUUGGAAGCAGUGGUGGAUGUAAAACAGUAUUAUGGCAAUAAAUUGACAUAUAUAAAGCCUGAAGAGUAAAAAUAUUUAAAAGUAAAGCACAAAGACUUUUUUCCCCUAAGCUUACACUGGGACUGCAUUUGAAUUCAUCACUGUGAGUGUAUUAUGUAAAAAUAUGUGACCAGAUGUAUGAUUAAAGCAUCUGCUCAUUUCUACUGACUCGUAUUAACAGCAUUACGCCUUCUAUUUUUCUCUUUAAUUAUUUCCGCGGCUAAGUGUGGCAUUUGGUUAUGUCAUAAGUUUACAGGUAUUUGAAUUUGGUGCUGGUGGUGGAUACGGUGGCAAGGUGGGGUGGUAACAAAAACACAGGGAGCAAAUGAAUUCAUGGAAACGUUUACCCACUGUCAUUUUCUGGGUGGCUGGUUAUUUUUGGAGUGAACGGAUGAGAGAUAAUGAGACUCUUCAUCAGCUAAAAGCUGCCAAAUGCGAGCGCAAACACCUAAAUUGAUAGAAAAGGUGUCGAGUGUGAGAACCGGAAAAGCUUUAUGUGUCCUUGUCCAGAUUAUUUACUAACAUUCUUUCAUAUUAAAGGAAAAUGCCAUGUUUUUAAUUUGACCUGUAGUAAACUGAAGUAUAGAGUUUAUUAUUGCCCAGAACCACUGGAUUUUAGAUGCACUCCAUCUCCUCUUGUUUUAGGUGAGGGCCCAGUCAGACUUCACCAAGAAGGAGACUGAGGUGUUCCUGCAGUACGUGCAGGAUUACCGGCUGGAGAGGCAGCUAACAGCACUCUACAAUCGUCUAAUGGGAGUGUCGGCACUGACAGACCAGCCCCCGCUGCUGGAGGAGGUCAUACUGAGCCGAAAGCCCAAGCGCUGGGAGCUGAGCGAGUUCUGCGUCAAGAUAAAUUUUGUCCUGGGCACCGGUCUGCUCUGCCUCUUCACUCAGGCUUCCCUAACAGGAAGAGACCAGGGUCUGCUUAUCAAGAGCUGGUCUGACCGUAUGGGCGCCCUGUACAGGAAAAUGAAGAACACGGGAGGUCGCUGCUUAGGCUACUUCCUGGAGCAGGCGGAAGAGGAUAUACGGCAGCAGUUGCAGGAGGCCGUCCACAACCGAUUGCCCCCAGACGAGGCGGCAGCGAGCAUCCUGAAGACCCUGGAGAAGAAUUACGAUUGGCUGCGCUGGGCGGUGAUGCUCCACCCUGCUGUGGGACCCAUGGAGGAGGAGGAGAAGGAGGAAGGAGGAGAAAAUGAAGGUGAAGCGACAGAACGACAGCCUGGCAAUUUGCUCUCCGUGGCAUCUGAAGCGCCUAUCCCUCAUGUGGUGGCGUGCUACCGGGACACACCCACUACACUGGAUAAAAGCCGCAUCCACCAGCUCAUCGUGGAUUUGGAAUGGAAGAUCCCCAACCCACCACCUGACGUGUACGCUUCCAUAGAAGAAGACCCAGGCAGGGCUAGGCGCUACCUGGCUUCCCGCAUGCUGAAGAAGCUGCAGGAGGGGUUGGGAUCUGGUGUGGCCGUCCAUGUUGUGCCGGGCAGGAUGGAGAUGAAAUGCAACUUCCCUCAAGCCUCCUACUACCUCUACGAGUACAAACACCGGCUGGCCUCAGGCACCGUGUGUGUGUUUGGAUGAAAGAGAGAUCAUCUGCUGGUCU